AUGAGUUUGAUGAAGCCAUUGAUAAAUAAGGGAUACUGCCUCACUAUCGAUAAUUUUUAUAGUUCUGUGGAACUAUUCAAAUUGUUAUCGGUUUUCAAAACAGAUGCAUAUGGAACAGUGAGAUCUAAUAGAAAAGGUUUACCAAUUAAUAUAAAAAAUCCAAAAAAAGUGAAUCCAGGAUACGUAAGAUCUUUUAGAAAGGAGAGAUUGAUGGCCAUGAGAUGGAAAGACAAAAGGGAUGUGUACUUCCUUUCUACAAUACACGGUGCAGAUCAGGUGGAAAUAGAAAAGAGAGGCAUCAUAAAAAUGAAACCUAAAGUGAGUGUUGAUUAUAAUUUUACGAUGGGAGGUGUUGAUCGCGUCGAUCAACAUUUGUCGAGUUAUCCCCUUCCAAGAAAAAGAGGAAAAAAAUAUUAUAAAAAAAUGUUUUUCCAUCUCAUGGAACUCUCUGAAUACAACGCAUAUGUGCUCUACAGAAAAAAAGGAGGUAGCAUGACACAUCUUGAAUUUAGAAUAAAACUAAUAGAAGAAUAUAUAGAAAAAUAUAGUGUUGGAAUUUUUUCUGCAAAAGGUGGUCGGCCAAGCAACACCCCUAAUCCGCUAAGAUUGACAGAACGUCAUUUUCUAAAAACUAUACCGGCGGUGGGUAGUAAAAGCAGACCUACAAAAAGGUGUGCUGUUUGCUGUUCGAAGCGGGACGACUCCGGAAAACGUGUCCGGAAAGAGAGUCGAUACUGGUGCGCCGAAUGUGAAGUAGGCUUAUGUUUGGAGGAAUGCUUCGAAAUUUACCACACAAAAACAAAUUAUUAA